GAUUUACAUUUCAACAUAGAAACUUUUUUUUAGAUAUCUGUGAACUUUAAGAGGCUCUAAAAUGAAAUUCGGAGGCAUUUUCAAGGAAUACGAGGUAGUCGGACGAGUCGCUCCAACUGAAAAGAAACCCGACUCCAAGAUAUACAAGAUGAAAAUAUUCGCGCCCAAUGCUGUUGUUGCCAAGUCCAAGUACUGGUACUUCAUCAGUAAGCUGGUCAAAGCCAAGAGGGCCAACGGAGAAAUUCUGCAAUGUAAACGGAUUCGGGAGUCCAAGUUCCAUACUGUGAAGAAUAUCGGCAUAUGGCUGAGAUAUGAUUCGAGAAGUGGAACCCACAACAUGUACCGCGAAUACAGGGACCAGACUCCCGCUGGAGCCGUUACUAAGUGCUACCGAGACAUGGGAUCCAGGCAUCGAGCCAGGGCACAUAGCAUCCAGAUAAUCCGAGUGAAGAAGAUUGAAGCGAAGGAUGCGAAGAGGCCCAACAUCACUCAGUUCCACGACUCCAAGAUCAAGUUCCCUCUGUUGCAUAAUGUGGGACACCUGAAGUUACUGCCUAUGUUCACCAGGAACCGACCCAGCACACUCAUGCACGCCAUUCGAUAAAGUGCUAGUCUGUCAUUGAAAAGUUUAGUCUGCAUAAGCUGUGUUCUUAUUCAACUUUUCAAUUGAACGAUCUGGUCGA